UCAAUAAUCCAUCCACCAAAGUGUACUGGGUUAAUGGUCGCCGGCCGGCUGAUGGUUGUCUGUUCGUGCCAAAACAUGUCCUUGUCGAUCUGAAUCUUUCAGCUCUCAUCGCUCGACACCCAACCACUCGAUCAUAAGCCAAGCAGUUUAUGUUAGCCAAUUGCUACAAUAUCCUUAAGAGGCGUCAAGGCGAAGUGUCACGGGAAAAAAAAUGGGUCGUAUGAUUGCCAAAUUUUCUGCACACUUCGUUCUUCUCCUCGUGUUCAGCUUGAGCAACGACGUGGUGGUGGCCUCGGCCGCCGGCGGCGAUGGCCAGUUCACGUACCAGGGGUUCGCGGCGGCGAACCUUACCGUGGACGGCCUCGCCACCGUCACGGCGAGCGGGCUCCUCGUGCUCACCAACUUCACGUACCAGGCGAAAGCGCACGCGUUUCACCCGGCGCCUCUCCGCUUCCUCGGCGAGUCCUCCACGGCGGCGGCGGGGGCGAACGCCAGCGGUGGCGCCGGAGCCGACGUGGCGCGGUCCUUCUCCACGGCUUUCGUGUUCGCCAUCGUGUCCGGGUACGACGGCCUGAGCGACCACGGGCUCGCGUUCGUGGUCGCGCCGACGGCGAACCUCUCGGCGGCGAACGCCGGGCAGUACCUGGGCUUCCUCAACGCGACGAACGGCACGGCGAGCGGCCAAAUCCUGGCCGUCGAGCUGGACACCAUCAUGAACCCCGAGUUCCACGACAUCAGCAGCAACCACGUCGGCAUCGACGCCAACAGCCUCAUGUCGACGCAGGCACGGCCGGCCGGCUACUACGGCGACGGCGACGGCGCCUUCCGUGAGCUCAGGCUGAACAGCCGCCAGCCGAUGCAGGUGUGGGUGGACUACGACGGCCAGGCCAAGCAGCUCAACGUGACGCUGUCUCCCGUGCAAGUGCCUAAGCCCAAGAAGCCUCUGCUCUCCCAGGCCAUCGACCUCUCCACGGUCAUGGCCGAGGAGAUGUACGUCGGCUUCUCGUCGGCGACGGGCGUCGUGAACACCCACCACUACGUGCUCGGCUGGAGCUUCGGCUUCGACGGGCCAGCUCCUCCCCUCGAUCUCUCCAAGCUUCCCCGGCUGCCACGCUUCGGUCCGAAGCCUCGGUCCAAGGUCCUGGACAUUGUGCUUCCGCUGGCCACCGCAUUUCUCGUCGCUGCGGUGCUAGCUGCCGUCUUCUUCGUCGUGCGGCGGCGGCGCCGCUUCGCCGAGGUGCGGGAAGAUUGGGAGGAUGAGUUUGGUCCGCACCGGUUCGCAUACAAGGAUUUGUUCCGCGCGACGGAUGGGUUCAAGGAUAGAAAUUUGCUGGGUGUUGGAGGGUUUGGGAGAGUUUACAGAGGGGUGCUACCGGAGUCCAAUUUGGAGAUUGCGGUGAAGAGGGUUUCACAUGAUUCAAGGCAAGGUAUAAGGGAGUUCGUCGCGGAAGUGGUGAGCAUUGGCCGACUUCGACAUCGGAAUCUCGUGCAGUUACUAGGCUAUUGCCGCCGCAAGAAUGAACUCCUGUUGGUGUACGAUUACAUGGCGAAUGGUAGUCUUGACAAGUACUUGCAUGAGAGAAAUGUUACAACUCUAUUUUGGCCCGAGCGGCUCUGGAUCAUCAAAGGCGUCGCAUCAGGUUUGUUGUACCUACACGAGGAUUGGGAGCAAGUAGUCAUCCAUCGAGACAUAAAAGCGAGCAACGUGCUCUUAGACAGUGCAAUGAACGGGCGGCUAGGUGAUUUUGGCCUGGCAAGGCUGUACGACCAUGGCACCGACCCCAAAACAACACAUGUGGUUGGCACCAUGGGCUACCUAGCACCAGAGCUCGUCCGUACAGGGAAGGCGUCACCCUUAACCGACGUGUUCGCAUUCGGGGUGUUCUUAUUGGAGGUGACAUGCGGGCGGAGGCCGAUCGAGACCGACGAGCACAACAAACGGGUGGUGCUAGUCGACUUGGUGCUUGAGCACCACCGCAAUGGCUCGAUCGUUGGUGCGGCGGAUCCACGGCUCACGGGGAAGUUCGAUGUGGAGGAGGUGGCCCUCGUUCUGAAGCUGGGUUUGUUGUGUUCGCACCCGCUACCCGGUGCGAGGCCCAGCAUGCGGAAUGUCAUGCAAUACCUGGAGCGUGGCGGUAAGUCGGCUCCUGACCUAUCGCCGAGCUACGUGAGCUAUAGCAUGAUGGCGAUAAUGCAAAACGAAGGGUUCGAUUCAUUCAUCAUGUCGGGCGGCCCCCGGUCGGCGACAAGCAUUGGCACCGUGUCUGGUGCAUCAUCUAUGACUAUUAUGUCGGAGGGAAGAUAAAAUUCAGUGCUUGCAAUAAGUCUUUUGAUUCCUACUGACUCAAGUUCUUAAGUGACUUUCUUUCUUGUUCCUUGAAAUGACAAGCAUUUGAAAGAGGAGAUAGUAGUGUGUUAAGUUACCUACCAAAUUCACAGUAGGCAUUUAUGUUUACACUACCUAUUAGCUAUGCUUCCUCGAGCAUCUUAAGAUAGUUGGGUAGAAUGGUGAGUUGCUUGGCUGCUUCAAAAUUUCUCUGUGAACUAACUCUGCAGCCUGCUUGCUUUGUUCAAGAAUAUGGCAACUUGUUCUGGGUUUAUCAACACCAGUUGCUUGGAACCAGGUUAUUCAUUUAUGCAAUAA